AGAGAUGCAUUAGUUAGUUUAAACUCUAUAGUAUAUUUUGGCGUUUCUACUUUCCAAUUUUCCUCUAUUUGUCUUGUUGAGAGCUGUUAACUAGUUUUAAUAAAAGCCAUUCCAUCAUUGGACGAUAUAUUAAUUAACUAAUAUGGCGCUGCGCGAGAAACGCCGUCUUUGCAAGUUUGUUACAGAAUGGACUAAGCGCAGUGAAUUUUCGCCGUGGUUAGUGUCAGUGACAGAAGACAAACACAAAGCACACUGUUUAUUGUGCAGGAAAAUAUUUCCCGUUAGUCAUGGAGGUUUGCAUGAUGUGAAGACGCAUGCUAAAAGUAAAAGACAUAUUAGUCUACUACAACAGCAAGAAAAUAGAGCAUCGACAACGGGAACGGGAGGGCAGCUCUGGCCUACGCUAGAAUCCCAAUCUCAUUACCUCAACCCUUCUAUUUCAAAACAUAGUUUUAUUUCGACUCCAAAUGAAAAUUCAGAAGAAACACUAUUAGGAGAAGAUUCCAGUGAAAUCCCGACAGAAGUUACCAAACUAUCUGAGGAGAGUGAAUCUGAAGAACCGUAUAACAGUUCGGCUGGCUCAAUGCAUCCGAUCGCCAUGGCCUCCCCUGGCAAGAUGGAUACUCCUCAGCAGUAUUGCUUGCGAUGGAAGUAUCAUCAUUCUAAUCUUCAAGUAAUGUUUUCUCAACUUCUGGAAAGGGAAAGUUUUUGUGAUGUUACUUUGGCUUGUGAAGGAAAGACCCUUAGAGCACAUAAGAUGAUGUUAUCUGCAUGCAGCACCUAUUUUGAUGCAAUAUUCUCUCAACAUGAAGAAAACAAUCCUAUCGUUAUCUUGAAAGAUGUUCGUUUUGCUGAUAUCAAGGCAUUAGUUGAAUUUAUGUAUAAAGGAGAAAUUAAUGUAGAAAAUUCACACCUGUCCUCACUGCUGAAGACUGCUGAAGAGCUGAGGAUAAAGGGCCUAGCGGAGGUGUCUUGGCGGUCUGAGGGUGAAGGCAGCUGGCGAAGUGUCGAAGGGGGCAAGCCGGUGGAGCGGAGAGGUGUUGAGAGGUGGGGGGCUGAGAGAGUUCCCCAGUUUGUAGAUGCAGGAGAAGACGUGGACUCAGAACCUGAGCCACCUCCACCCAAGAAGAUGAAGCCACCUCCACCACUGCUGCCUCACCACACACUACCCUUACCUGUAGCGGAACACUUUAGUCCUAAGGUCACCAGUGUCCAGGGCAGUGUUGGUUCUAAGGAGGAGUUCACUGAACAAAAUGAGCCAGUUCCUGAACCAGAGGUGACCAUGUGGGAGCCAGAAGCAGCUGUGGAUGAGUUUGAGGAUGAAAAUGAGACAUCACCAAAACCACCUAAUGCCAACUUCACAUCAUCAACUCCCUCCCACUUGUCACAACAGCCUCAGACCAACAACACCAAUGAAGAGGACAGACUUGUCAAUGUGUUCAAUGAAUCUCACUUGCCUGCAGAUAUGACCCAGUAUCAAGAUGUUGUUAAAAUGAAUGAUUAUCUAGCCAAUGGUGGAAGACGGCCACAGUUUUGGGAUGAAAUUUUUACCAAACGAGUGAUGGAAGGAAUAAAAAACAAAGAAUUAGAAAUGAAAGUAGCUGCAGAAAUCCUAGGUGUGUCAUAUGGGACUUUGUAUGGCAGAUAUCGUGAUGCUUAUGGUUGCCUUAAACAUCCUUACAGUUGUGGCAGAGUGCGGGACUUCUGGUUGGAACAAGGCCCAGCCGAAGUUCUCUCCAAGCUGCAGCGGAAGGAGUUGACUCUGUUCCGGGCAGCAGAGAUGCUGAAUGUCACAGUCACCACUCUGGCCAACUACUUGAGCACCCUUAGGCAGGGAGACGGGAUUUCGUCUGAGGGGGAGGAAGAGGAGGAGACUACAGAGAGUGAACGACUGGCAUCAGCAAGACAAGCCCUCAGCAACAACCCUGACAUCACCAUCGUUAAACGUGAGUCUGCCCCCACGCCCAGCCUCAACGGUAACAAAUGAACACCCACGGUCAUUCCAGCAUAGGGAUUAUCAACAUACUAGCCUUUAUUGAUUUGUAGUGGUUCAUAUUUGGAUUAUCUCUAACAGAUUUACGUCUGGUUUAGUAACAACCUGCCUACAUUGGAAAUACAAUCAUUCUGCAUGUAGUAUUGAUAAAAAGAGGGAAACAAUUCAAAACAAGUAUUCUUGAAGGGUUAUUCUUCGAUACAUACUAACAUGUUCUAUAAAAAAUAUAUAUAUAUUUUUGUUUUUGUAAUAUUUUGAAAAAAGUAUUCAGUUUACUCUAUUAUUGAUUGUUGAACUUGUUCAUCCAAAUACUUAGCUCUACAAAUCAUUAAGCUGUGUAGGUAUCCUCGUUGUCAAUCUAUAUAUUGCUGGAAUGAUUCUCAUCUGUUUGGCGUGUUGUCGCAUUGACCAGUUCCUCUGUAUUUUAUAAUGAAAGCCUUGUGACCGCACUGCUGAGAUGAGACUAGCAGAGUAGGUUAGUCGCUUGGCAAGUAAGGAACAGAGUAUUUAGCAGUAGGUAGACUAUUUUAUUUUGAAAGACUGAACAAACGCGUGAGGUUUGUAUGAUACUGUUCUGUCAAUAUUGUCCAUUUAUGACAAGUGAUGAUGAAUGUAAUCCCAACCAAAGUGGAGUGUCUUUUGUUUGUUAUUGUUAAAAGUGUUACUCGAUGAUACAAUGGAACUUGUUGCAUUUACUGCAGAGAAUCGACAUAGUAAAUUAUUUUAUUUAUAUAAAGUUAUUUAGUUUAAAUUAUUUUAUUAGAAAUGUUAUUCGUGAAAUGAAAACACACUGUCAUUUUCUUAGGUUUUCUUUAAAAGAAACAGAGAUGGCUUAGAAAUACCUUACAUUUUCUUCAAAUUAUAUUAUUUAUUAUAUUAAUUUAUUAUUUAGUGAGAUGUUUUCAUAAAUUAUUGUAAAUAUAUUUAUGUGUAGCCUAUUAUUAUUUACAUCAAACUAAAUGAUCUGUUUUGUUAUACCAAAUAACAAUAGGUAUAUCCAAAGGAUAAAUGAAUACCUAUUGUGCAUUUUUAUUUAGUUGAUUUAUCACUGAAAGUCACAUAUUUUAUCCCAGCACUAUAAUGGCACUGAUAUUUUAUUUAAGUGUGGGUUUAUUUAUAAAAAAUAUUAUGAAAAGUAUUUUUUAAUGUUAUAAACUAAAUAGGCAUUAGAAAUAAGUUAUAUUUUAUUUAUUUUAGCACUGUUUUACAUACUACUUUUUAUUAGUAUAUAUUUUAACGAUGUUGAUCUCUAUAAACCAAUGUCAAAUCAAGUAAACUAAUUAUUAAUUAUGGUAUUAUAGUUUUAAAAUUAUCUUAAAUAAAUGUACAUUUUAUUUGUGAAAUAUAUUUGAUUACUAUUUUAUUCCAUUAUAAAUGAAGCUUGAAAAACAAUGUCGCAUUACAGUUGUUAUGAUAUUGCUAAUGCACAUCACAUAUGUUUGGUACGAUGUUUGCAAUUUUAUUUUAAAGGUACAUGGGGUUUUCUAGUUGAUUGCUCUAUAAAAUUUAGAUAACUUACUCUAGGGUCUUGUAAAAGCAUUUUAGAUUUUUUUUUUCAUUUAGGCCUCACAUUAAGUAUGUGCCCUUGAGAAUGUUACCCAACAAUCACAUUAGACCAAUAGAUAGAGUAUGUGAAAUAUGACAUGAUGCAAUGUUAUCAAUUUCUCAUGUCUGCAACAAGAUGGCGUACUAAUAAAAUAUUAAUUUAUAUCAAUGUGUGACAAUAUGCCUUGGCAUUAUGAAUAUUAUAAAUGAUUUGGACAAUUACCUUUAAAUCAAACUUUUUUAAGGUUUACCUAGCGUUUGCUGUUUUUAAGAAAAAGUUAAUUUACAUAAUUAACAAAAAAAACUUUUUGGGUGGAUACAAAUUAAUUCAUAAUGUAGGUAUCUAUGUUGAAUUCAAAUUGAUGAAGUCGAUGUUUGGUUUACAUUGUGCAAAUUUUAAAAGUCAUAAGAUGGGUUUUUUGGCUCUCUUAACGCUCUUAUACAUUCUGACUUCCGACUAUCAUAUUAAUUUUUAUAGACAAACUAAAAAUAUUUACUUCAUAGGAAUACAUAGAAUCAAACUAAGAACAUUUUAAAGUACUCAAUGUUUUUCCAAGUAGUGUAGUUACUUUUCUGUAUAGCUCAACUCGAGUGACUACACUUGUUAUUAUGUAAGCACAACGCGUUGCGGUACAGCGGGAAACCUUUUCUACAUCAGCUAAAAAUGUAAAAAAAAUUUAUUAGGACAUCCUAAAAAAUCUACCAUUUUUAAACUUAUCUGACCAAAUAGUUUUUAAAAGUAAAAAGUAGUACCUAGGCCUAGGAACAAACUUUUUUAAAUCGUAUUUCAAAAGUCAUAUGAAAGUGCCAACAUUAUUUGAAAUAGUAAACAUAUUAGUUUUUAAGCUUAAUAAGCUUUUAAUUAUAGAACUAAAAUAGUGUCCAAGACUGGUUGACUUCACUCGUACAAAGUUUCAACAAUUUACCUCCACUCUUAAGUAGACUAGAUCCUAGUUGUCGAGUUAUUUGGAAGCGGUCACUGACUUUUUGCGCCAUUAUCAACAACAUUUAGAGCGCUUGUCCAUCCUACCACAAGAUCCAACUGUGCUUCUGUUAGAAUUUUAUUAGUUUAUUUCUGUUUAUUUUUUAUUAGUUGUGUUCAUCCAUUGGUCUUGUGUGAUUGUUGAAGUUACCUAAGUCAUUUACUAUGUAGCGUUUUGAGAAAUUGGAAUAGCUCGUGGUAAAACUACGUUUAACAAGAGGCAAUAUUAUUCUUGUAAGCAUUUAAUAUAUAUAUUUAAUAUAUUUCACACUCACACCAUUAUUUCAGAAACACAUAUUAUUGUUGUGAUCACACAAAUCACAUUUUUCAAGUGGCAAAUAACACAAAACUUGAGAUGAAAACAGGCUAUAGUGUACCUGUAAUAUACAUUUUUUCAGCCAAAUACCACUCACUCUUCACUAAAUCUUAUACUAUUCUUGAACUAUACAUUAUAGUUCCACAUAAACCCUAUGUGCAAUGCAAAGUAUUAAAAAAAAUAAGCUGAUUUAAUAGGUAAUAGUGAAAAAAUAACAAAUUGUACUGCAUAACUAAAGAAAAAUAAUCAAGAUGCAGCAAACCUGCAGUCUAAGCGAAUUUCAAAUUGUCCGAUUGGAUUUUAAGAAAAACAUUUCCAUAAACAAGUCAUAUUAAUUCUCCAUUUAGGUCUAAAUAACAUUAGAUUUAAAGAGUACUUAACUCAUUCAAGUCCAUCCAGCUCUACACCAAAAGAGUUGUUGGCCAACACUUUUUUACAGUGGUGUGGUCAUAAAUUUUCCAGUGUGGGAACUGGGAUCACUCACCAAGAUGCUGGAAAAUACGGCUUGCUUACCAAUCUCUACAGGUUCUUUUGAAAAAGCAGAGUGGAAACGCCGUUUUUAUACAUCCUUUUUCAGACUUGCUGAAAUUAAUACUUUCUUAAAUGAGCGUACAGUACUAAAAACAAUACCGGUAAUUAAAUAACACACUACAUUGUAAAGAAAAAAAAACACUUCUUACAUAAGCCCCUGAAAAUUUAAGAGUUUAAAUGCCAAUUAAUUAAAAAUGUUUAAUGUGUGUUACAAUUACCUGUAGUUUUUCCACCAUUUUCAUUUUUUAUACCACUUAGUGCCAUGUCACCAAUACUGAAAGGGGUUUUGUACAUUUUUCGCAAAAUUUGGAAUUCUGUACAGUAUUAUCAGGACAGAACCUUGGUUGAACUGCUAUUGAUUGUAUCAGCUUUAACUUGACACUUGUCCACUGCUAGUUUAAGAUGGUCACUGGCCAAAGGUAUGACUCCACCUUCACUCUGUGUUAGCUAUCAGUAUUUCAUUGUCUUACCAUUUUUGUGCAAUCUUAUUGAUUAUGUAGAUAAUGUUUAGAAAUAUUAUGUAGUCGAUAUAUUAAAUUCCAGCACUGUCCUCCUUUUAACAGACAUUGACAAUCAGUCCUGUAUACUUUCCAUUCACACAGGAUUACGAUGUAUAUGUAUAUUUAUAUAUUUUCUCAAUGUGCAUUGUCUUACUCUGAGUUUGAAAUAUGGCGAUGAUAUCAGUAAGUAAUAUGCAAAUAAUGUAUUUUGGUUUAGGUCGCAGUAUCCACUUAAUAAUUUUGCAAUAUCCAGUUAUAGAGGUUUCAGGUUACAUUUUUACUGUACAUAAUUUGCUUUGUGGUGAUAACUUAUGUAUUUGGGUGUCUGGUAGAAUGCAACUUAUGUUUUAAUAUGUACACUUGCUUCAGGGUCAUAACCCAACUUUCAUAAUAAUAAAUUUUGACAAUAAAGUUGGCUGCAAGCAUAGUGAUGCAUGGCAAGUCCUAAAUUAUAAGUUAUUUUACUCUCUAAUUCACUGUAUUAUGAUGCCAACACACCAUUUUGUCCAGUGAAAAAGUCAGAGUGCUGAUCAAUCGCUAUAUAUUUUUAAUAACGGCAAACUAUCUAAUUCCAAUUGUUUAUUUAUUUAAUAAGGUACAGUAACUUAACUUUAAAAAGCUAUUCCAGAUCACUAGAGGUUUUUUGAAGACACUUUUUCACGCUACAUAGUUUCAUCUGAAAUGUGCAUUUCAUGAAUUAGCAGUUAUUUUUAUAUAAUGUAGUGUAAACAUGACUGAUACAUGUACUUUACAUUAUCAUCAGUCGUCAGGUGUAUCUUAAAUAUUUUAUAUUAUAUUCACUCGCAAGAUAUAAUCUUUUUAUUUCCAUUUUUUGUAAAUUGGUGUUGUGGUUCAGUGUUAGACUAGAAGUGAACAUGUUUUUGCACCAGCAUUUGUUAAAACUAAAAUUGACAAUCGUUUUUCGAAUAUUCCUGUAAUGCUUUGCAACUUUAAAAAUAGACAAUGCAUUGAGCAUUUAUUUGACAUGUUGGUCAUAUAAAAUGUAUACUUCAAUACAUAAUUGUUUGAUUUUAUCAUAUUGGUACUCUUAGAACAAGUAAGAAUUAAGUUCCUGUAUAGUAAGAGACCACAGUUGUAUUGUUUAAAAUCAUGAAUUCACCAUUAUAUAUGUUCACAAAUCAUGCAAAAUGUCUGCACUGUUAUAAUAAAGGCAGCAUUAGGAUGGAAUGUAAACAAAAAACAACUAGCAAAAAUUAUAUUUGAAAAUAUUUUUUCACUGUACUGCAUUCACUUAUGCGACUGGAAACAGGGCAAAAGAUUAUACUAUGUACUAUAACUAUAAUGCAAGUGAAAAGCUGUAUAAGCGUAAAUGUAUUCUCAUAUGCCAACAACCUUUGUAUAAUGGUUAUGAUUAAUUACUGUGGAACCAUUUUUUCUGUAUUUUGCAUCAAAACUCGUGUUCUUGAUAACACAAUGUAGUGUAAGGCUAUAAGUUCCUUUAGAUAGUUUUGCCUUAUUCAGAUUUGCCUUUUGGGUAUUACAUUUUUUGUGCAACAAUUCGGUAUUGAUUUUAUGUUGCUUUUAAAAAUUUCUGGUCAUUUUUGUGUAAUGGCUCUAGUCAGGUAUGUCACAUAUGUUUAAAAGAAAAGCUACUAUCAUUUUUGUAAUACUUAUUGAUUCCUAUUUAAAAAAAACUAUUUUAGUUUACUUUUGUACGAUAGACAGCUAAAGGUUUGAGAAAUCUAUUGGAUACUGCCACUUAGUUAUUAAUAAGUUUAAGAAUUUACCUAUUGCAGAUAACAUACUGUAUUUAGAACAAAUUACACCUGUUUGAAAUUUAAUAAGUAAUUACCAUCAAAAUUGAAGUUGUCAUUUUAAACUGAUGUCAGUGGUUAAAUGAUAAUUUAGAACAUAAAAAAGUAAGUUAGUAUUAAAAAUUAAAAACUUAGGUAGCCUAAUUCUAUAAUUUAAAAAAAAUAAGGCCUCCAAAGCUGUUUAUUUAAUGAUGACCUGGUUUUAAAACAUGGUCAAAUAUAUUCAUCAUAUUUUUUAAAUUCAUUGUAGUAGCCAAUCUGUAACUGUAGGUUUUACAUUCCCUUUUACAAAAAAACAGUGUUUUUUUGUGGGUACCGUAAUGUAAAACCAACUAAUAAUUCUUUUUUUAUCCUAUGUUUUGUAUCAUCUGAAUUUUUUAACUGCUGGGCUUUAAUAGUAUAAAUCUUAACUAUUGGAUACUGAAAUAGACAUCCCAUCUAUUUGGAUCAGCUGACGCCAUUAAAAAAAAAAAAAACGUAGUUGUGUGAGCCAGUCACAGAAAGCGUUAUUGUCUAAAAUUCUAUAUUUUGUUGCUGACCAGGUUGAUGGGUCAUAAGAGUGGCUAUAGCUCACCACAAGUCAAUUCCUAUGUUUGACUUUGUAAAAAAGUUUGUGUAUUCAACAGAAUUUAGUGAUUUAGAUCAGCGCAAUCUGUCAGUGGCUCACAUCAACUACGACGAUUUUGAAAAAAAUCUGUCUACAAAUUUAACAUGGGGAUGGAAUGUCUAGUUGUAUUAAUAGUCAAAGGUAUAAGCUUGGAUAUUGAUGUUUGAGUGUCUCCAAAACAUUAUACAAACAUGUUACAUACAUUUUAUAAGCAGUCGUGUGGUCGUUAAUUUUCCAGUUUGGAUGAAUUUUCAAUGAAUUUACUUCACCAGAUCACAUUAAAAACACAAUUUCUUGACACCAACAAAUUAAAUAUUCUAUUCAAAAUAUAUCAAUAUUUAGACAAAGCAUUGGAACUGUUAAGAAGUGUUAAAAUGUAUAUUAGUAUGAUUGUACAUCGCCAGAGACCACAGUUAAAAAUAUAAUUUUGUAGUUUAAAAUCCCUUAUGUUAAUCUGCAUCCCUUUUAAUCACUUUCUUGUGUUCUAAUGCUGAACUGGGAAAAUACACGAAUGGUAAAUAUUAUUUUGAUAGGCAAAGAUUUCAUACCUGACUAAAGAAAAAAAAACAUAUUUUAAAGAUACCUUGUACAUUUUUCCUUCAUCGAAUCACAUAUUCAGUGUAGAGAUGUGUAAAUACAGUAGUAAUUCAUGAUAUGCUUGCAACUCAAAGCUUGCGGAGUAAUGUUAUUUCACUCAUUUCACCUCUAAAGACUAAGAUUAUACCAAAUAAAUUUGACUAUGUACUAAUAAAAUUAUAGUAUUUAUAGGUUUAGCUUACAUAUCAUACUGUAUGAGGAAUAUGGCUUAUGUACUAGACCAAUCAUGUAUUCUAUAUAGAAUAGAAAGGGGAUAUUUUUUAAAGUGCUGAAUAAAAUGUUAAUCUGGUAAA